AUUUUAAAAUUAAAUUUUGAACGGAACACAACACAUGUUAAAAUAAAAACACAGUUCAAGUUUAAUAUACUUACCUAUAUACUUAAGAUCAUGGCCAACAUGUAUAAACCAAACAUUUUGGAUAAUGAAUUCGACGAGUUUUGGUCAAAAGUCAAUUGCUUUGCUGUGAUGGAUUUUCCGUAUGACCAAAGAUGCGAGUUUGUGAGAAAUGCAAAUAACUGCAUACAUGGCAUGAACUUCUUGCCAUAUAUGCAUUUAUUGGCAUGCGAUUUGAAAUGUAGAAACAUAUUCGAGGAGCACACCUAUGGGACCCUUUUCCUGAUUCUAUGUUUCGAAUUGCUGCUCUUGCUGGGCCAUGUGGCGCAUUAUUAUUACACUCCAGCAUUGAAGGUCGUUUCCCGAAUGCUUCAUAUGAACGAUCAUCUGGCUGGCGUGACGAUCAUGGCACUUGGCAACACACUUCCAGAAGUGUUUGCCAAUAUGUUUGCUGUUUUUGAAGAUACACCCGUGUUCGCCAGUUGCGUUUCUUCGGCAUUAUUUGUAACUAUGUUCACGGGGGGAUUUAUAUGCUAUAUCAGUCCAUUUAAAAUGAGUGCAUAUGAUACCGUACGCGAUCUAGUCUUCUUUAUCUUUGGCGCGAUGCUGCUUGAGGUUAUUAUAAUCAAUGACGAUAUGGUUUCGCUCGCUGAGUGUAUCCUACUGGUGGCGGUGUACGUCAUAUACAUAAUUGUCAACGUGGUCGAUCUGUAUAUCAUGAAACGUACCCUAAGAGCUUUGGCACGCGAAAUCAACGCACUGUACGAAUUGCCACAGUCAGAAGAUGUUAAAGAAAGGCGCGAAACAUUACAAAAAAAAUUUGACUUCCUUUCCCAGGAUGAUCGCGUACCUAUAUUGCAGCGCAAAACGACGAAUCCACGUGAUCGAACUUUCAGCUUUCUGACAAAAGUCGGAAGCGAACGCGUCACAAUUGACAUGGAGGCCAAUCGCAAUAUACAUUACCUCAGGGCCCGAAGCAAGAAUCACCGUCUCUUUAGGGAAUUCUUCUCUGCAAUCCAGCCCAUAAAACUGAAUGAAUGGCGCCAGGCUACCAUGUUACUUCGCGCCUUCUAUAUUAUUCGGGCUCCUGGUGUAUUUUUAAGUGCCAUUUAUAUACCCUUGGUGGAUUACGAGCUGGACAAGAAUGGCUGGAGUAAGCUGCUCAAUUGCAUACAAAUUUUCCUUAACCCAGCGGUUACAAUCACAAUGGGCAAGUCUAUGGUAUUUAGGGAUAAAUCGAAGCUUUGGUAUUAUAAUGUACCAAAGGACGUAAAAUACGGCCUUUACUCCCUGGUGGUAACAGUGCCCGUAGCCAUAUUUGUGUUUUUCCACUCAAACACCAGUGCCCCACCGUUAUAUCACUGGAUGUUUACAUUUAUGAACCUGACUGGAUCAAUUUUUCUGAUGUUUCAGUGCUCCACCGAAAUAACGUUGAUAACGGGGGUCCUUGGAUUUAUGUUAAAAGUUCCAGCUGAUUUUAUGGGUUCCACUGUAACAUGCCUCGCCAACUCCAUAGUUAAUCUUGUAACAAAUACAUCAAUGGCUCUGCAGGGGUAUGAAAAAAUGGCAUAUGCAGCAGCCAUUGGGGGUCCAUUCUUUAAAAUUCUUCUGGGUGCAGGCAGUGUUUUUUGCGUAAAGAUACUUUUUGGGCUUAGUACUUCAAUGGAUUGUAUGAUUGGAGCAUAUGGGGAAAAUGCAUUUGUCCUAUUGAUAUUAGGUCUCCUAUCGACGCUUUUAUGGACAUCGGUGUUGAAUUUUAAUGCCCGUCGCUCGGUGGGGAUUUUCUCCAUGUCCAUCUAUGGUCUGUACAUCAUAUUUAGCAUUCUUAUUAAAAUGGGAAUCAUCCACCCAUACAAUUUGGAUGCUCAUCUUAAGAGUUCCCAUGCAAUAAGUUAAAAAAUUGUAAGUUGACAAAUUUUUAGUUGCAUAAGCAUGUAUACUACACUAAUUCAACAAAUGUAAACACAUAUGUAAUCGAAAAACUGGCCAGACUUGAAAAUAUAGCUGUUAUUAUUUA